CUAAAGUAUUUUCUUGUUACUAGUUACUUUUCUAGACUAUAGAGGCUUAGGGAACAACGCAAUUUUAAAGUCUCAUACUUUCAUAUACAUUUUUGUUAAUACUUACUCGAGUAAUAAAAAUCAUCAGUUAAAUUAUUCUUAAUUAAACAUUUAGUUUCAGUUAAUUUUGUCUGACUUGUAUCUGUUGUUUGUAGUUUUUUUUUUUUUUUAACAAAGCAUUAUCUUAAAAACCAAUGGCAUUUCAAUAAAAGAAUUUUACAGGUUAUGUUAAAAAACCAUGUAAGAUUUGAGGCCCGUUUGAAGCUUUCAGUAGGCAAUCUAUUUUGAAAACUGGUAGAAAUAAUAAUUAGUGUAUCAGUAAAACAAAAAAAAAAAAUAACUAAAAGUUUCGAUGGUUAAAUUUCUACGCAUGUGAAAACUAAUCAAGCAGGAUAGCGUUUGGAGAAAAUGUAUUUCUUAGAAGAGUUAGAACAGGUGACGACGGCGGAUAAGAACUUUAUACACGACAAGGUGUUUUGUAAAAUGUUCGUUCUAAAGCCUGGUUGGCCAUUGCCGGACGCUAACUCCAUGUAUAUUGAGCCUGAGUGGAAGUUAGACGAGUUCCAGGAACUGAAAACUACGUUGAACCGUACUAAACAAAAAUUGAACGAUUUUGAUCUGGACGCGUGGCACGUGCAUACGGGCAAAAUGAAUCCGGCUGGCCAGGUGGUUAACCAUGUCAGGAAGCACGUGCGCCCGGACUUCCUAACGCAGGCAUGGUGCAAGUUCUACGAGAUUGCGUGCAGUUCGGAUCUGGUGUCUCUGGACGAGAUCCACGAGGAAGGCGACAUGUCGUUCACCAGCGUGCAUUUGUGCGAAGCGCCCGGUGCGUUCAUCGCGGCGCUCAAUCAUUACCUGGCCAUCAACCACGAAGAGCUACGGCUCAAUUGGUUGGCGAUGACGUUAAAUCCUUAUCACGAGUCUAACGGGCACCCUCACAUCGUGACCGACGACCGGCUGAUGUUGCACACACUCUCGAACUGGGAAUUUGGUCCUGACUACACAGGUGACAUAUUCCAACCAGGGUACGCCGAACACCUGUAUGGGACAGUGCUGGAUCGGUUCGGCGGCAAGGGUGCUUGGCUGGUGACAGCCGACGGGAGUAUCGAUUGUUCGGACGACCCAGGUGAACAAGAGACAGUCGUGUCCCGGCUGCACGACCACGAAACGAUGGUGGCGCUCAGCGUGCUCCGGGACAACGGGUCGUUGGUACUGAAGGCGUUCACCAUGUUCGAGUGCAACACCAUUUGCCGAAUGUACCUGCUGUGCUGCCUGUUCCGGUCAGUGGUGCUCAGGAAACCAGCGACCAGUAAGCCUGGAAACUCAGAAGUGUACGUGGUGUGCAAGGGCUACAGGGGCCGAUCGGUGGCCAUGCCGUACGUGCAAGCGUAUUACACGGACGACCGCCGUCGGCGACCGAGCCCUGGCGGAGGCACCUGCAUGUUCCCGUUGUCGCUGGUUCCAGUCGAGUUCAGGCAGCGGCUGUACGAGUGCGCCAAGCACUUUGCGGACAUGCAGAUGCGCACUAUUGAUGACAACGUGGUCGCUCUGCCGGUCCGGGAGGCACUGUACCGACAGAUGAAACCAGUGCAGGCGUCCAUAUGCUUGGAGUUUAUAAUCAGGCUCUGUCUGCGGCCGAUCCGGUACAAACGGGAGCUGACGUCCGUGUCGCUAAACAACUUCGGCUACAAGAACAAUCGGAGAGAGCCGGUGAGAAUCGGUCUCAAACCGCGUGGCCUGUCGUAUGCUGAGAAGACGCGAAUCCGGGAUAUGGACUCGCGACAGAAAGCGGCCACGCUGUACCUGGAAGUGAUUCGGUGCCAAGAGUGGAUGACGUCGCAACAGCAAAUGGACGACGUGGUUUGGCACAGGCGCGUGCAUCUCGUAUACCGGCUACCGGACGUGGCGUUCCGCUUUGGCAAACCGGUGACCAUGGUCAAGGGUUCUAAGUUUUGUUGCGAGGCGAUGAUUUUUUACAGGAAGCGUGUGUUGUCUAAGUUUCCGCGGGUCCGUAGCGACCAAAGUCCCAUGGAUGCCGAAUGCCGGAUGUGGCACUACCGCGAAUUGAUCGACCGGCCACUCGCGGCUGUUUGCGAUCUGACAGACAUUUGCGAAGAGCACGCUUCCGACAACACCGCAUUACAGCACCGGUGCUUGGUGGCCAUUGUGGACGCAUUGCAGGCUCUGUCGGACGGCGACGACCUGAUCAUCGUCGGUUAUCCGUUGUACACUCAGCUGUCUGUCGCCAACGUUUACGCUGUGGCCAAGAUGUUCGACACUUACGGCCUGGUCAAACCCGACUCCAUAUAUGGCCACGCGAUCAUGUUCCUCAAGUUUAGCAGCGCUCAUCACAGCGACUGGCUGGCUGUGUUGAAAAAAGCAGUUGGAUGCCUGGUGCCUGGUAAUCACGGUGGUAUGGCGCUUGUUUCGUGGAUGCCUAUGAAGGUGCUACUCGAGCAAAAGAUUUACGCGGACAUUGUGGCCGUCAAUAACCUGUGCAUCUUACACGAAAUCGCACCCAUUUUGCUAUCGGCUUCGAGCGCUACUUCUUGUCCUUAAAUAAUUGUUUCCGAUUAGGAAAUGCUCGCGAGCCUCAUUGCUAAACAAACGGCGAGGACAGAUUUGUUGUAUAUAAAUUAUUUACUAUUAUAUUAUAUAAUAUAAUACCAUACACAGAGCAACGUGUGUUUCUUUGCAGUAUCCAGACUAGUCCGAUCCGGUAGCUUAUGGUAUAGACGGUGCAGGGAAAACGUAUCUUAAGCAAUUAUAAUUUACGCAAAAUAAUAGUUAAUUACGUUGUUACAAGUUAAUUAUAUAUCCAAGAUUUUUAAUAAACUGCUUAUUAUUUUUUUUUUUUGCUUCAAAAAUUACAUUUUAAAGUAGUAUUUUUCGUCAUCAACGUAUCAAUUUUGUACAGAAUUUAUAUUUUUACGUCAGGUUAUUUUGUUGGAACCGUGGUCACAUAUAUAGCUUGUUCGUUUGAUUACAAUUUACAAUUGAUCCAAGGGAUCCAACUGUUUUUAGUGUUUUAUAAUUAUUGAAGACCAUGUACUCUGAUUUUCUUUACCUUUUGAAAGUUCACUUCAAUAACGAAAGAUCAGGUUUGGCUAAGUUAAAUAAUUUUACUUAUCUUUAUUCUUUUUAACGAGUGAGAAAUGUGAGAGUCGUUUUCUACAUUUGGUAUGGCUGUAUGAGUUCGUAACGACUGUUAUUAAUAAUUAUGAUAAUAUAGGUAAUGGCCAUUGGGUAGGUAUAUAAUAUACAUUAUUGGUAUAAUACCAACAAUUUUCCACAAUUUCUCAUUUCAGUUCACUAAUAAUUUAAUUACUUUUAGAAGGGAUAAUAUUUAAGGCACACGAAAUAUCUCAACAUUUUUUACUGUAAUUGAUUGUUACAGUUUUAUUUACAUCACUAUUAUAUUUUAUGUAAUUUUAUUAUCGUCUUUAAAAAUAAUUGUAUUUUUAUCAAAAACUUUAUUUUACAA